AUGACAGGCCUCAACCCGUCCAAGGACACGAUCCUAUCCAUCUCGUGUAUUCUAACCACCUCGGACCUGGCGCCUCUGGACCCCGUCGGUUUCAACGCCAUCAUAUACCACACGCCGGAGGAGCUGGCGCAGAUGUCAGACUGGUGCAUCAAGACGCACGGCGACUCCGGACUCACGCAGGAAUGCCUCUCCUCAUCAAUCACGGCGAACGUCGCAGCCACACAGCUGCUCAGCUACAUCAAGCACUACAUCCCCGAACCGCGCCGCGCAUUGCUCGCGGGGAACAGUAUCCACGCGGACCGAGCCUUUCUGAUGGUCCCGCCCUGGAAUAUCAUCCUCGGGCAUCUCCAUUACCGCCUGUUCGAUGUUUCGGCGAUGAAGGAGAUGGUGAGGCGCUGGGCCAGCGACCAGGUGUUGAUGGCGGCUCCGCGGAAGGAACUUCGCCAUACCGCGCGGGAAGAUGUGCUGGAAAGUAUCCAGGAGGCCUUGUUUUAUAAGGGGUUGGUUGAACGCAUGAGUACAGUCCCUUCCGGCGUACCGUCCAUGUACGCUGCAGCGGAGGGUGAUGGCGUUGGCGUUGACGCCAAAGGGAGGACAACUGUGCCACCACCAUCAGCAGCAGCGUCGAUGCCCAACUAUCCACAACCCAUGAUGGUGGGACUAGGAACGAAGCAAGGUCCAGAAGCACGCGGUGGGCUCCGGAACAAUGGCGGGAGAACAGAGCGUGUGGAAACGCUUGAUGAGGGAUUCCGCACCGAUAUCCCAUGA